GAGCGAAUGGCAGAGUUGGAUCUGGAGGGAAGCAUGGAUUGUCCUUCUGAAAUGAGUGGAGAUGACAGAUCUGAGAGGUUCAAAGAGGAAAGCUCUGGCUACGGCACACACACAUCAGCAGCACCAUCUGAAGCCCCCUCUGAACAGAGCUAUCAGGAAUCCAUCAACACUGUGAGUUCUGGAAUCGGCUCUAUGAGUUCUGGAACUCCGAGAGGUUCUAGAAAAGCUGGAGAGUUCAGAGCUGAGAAGACUGGCCCAGAGUCAGGAAACAUCGGCCGUCAUUCUGAGAUGGACAGAAAGAGACUGGAGGAAAUGGAGGAGAGAGGGAAACAACAGGGAGCAGAGGACAGACAGAUGGAGGACAGACAGAUGGAUGUCCUCGGGCAGAAAGAUGCUCAUACAUUUUCAGUCAAUGAAGAUGAAUCAGAGAACUGCGAAGCCCCUGGCCCCUCAGUAGCAGUGCUAUCACACAUGUCUAUUCCACAGAAAACAGAGAGUAUUGCUGCUUUCUGCAGAGGACACCUUGGCGGACAGCUUCCAGAAAAGAAAGGGGAAGUGGAAGAUAUGUGUAGUGCUGAAGACAGGGAAUGCAAUGGAGAUGUAGAGGUCUUCACACCAGAGAUCACUACUUCAGAGAGGACCACAUACAGGUUUAGCUGUAGCUCUGCAGGUGUGUUCCAGUGUCGUUACACAGGCCUGGUCUUCAAAACGGACACGACGGCUGAGGUGCAGUACCACACAGCAUCCUGGGACUAUGGACAGCUGGAGUGUGAAGGUUUAAUGGCAGCGGGUCCCCUGUUCAAGAUGAAAGGUCUUCAGGGGACGGUCAGCCAGCUGGGAUUUCCACACUGUGAGAUCAUUUCCAGUGAUAAGACUCAACCACUAACUAUAAUUCACAUAUGUGACAAAGAGUUUGAAAUGCUCCAGCCUCUGACAACUUCAGACACCCAUGUGUUUUUUAACGUCAAUGGAUUCUCUUUGUUUGGACUUGGCAAAAAAAGACGAAAAAAGUGUUGGAUCCAAGCUCUUGUGAUACUCUUUCUAGAUGAGUUUACACUGAAUGUUUUUCUGUUUCCAAGAAAUGUUGUUCUCUUUGAGGUGCGUGAAGAGAGGAGGAAGUUGAAGCAGACCUAUAUUGAAACCAUAUCAAACUGCAAACUAAUCCCUGAUAAGGAAUAUAGUCUCAGCUGCCCUUCAGAGAAGCACAAAGUAAUUCCAGAGAUCGGUACAUAUCAUGAAGGCUAUGAAGUCUGCUGUCCAACAUUUCAGGUGUUUUUAUCCAUCAUGGAACCCAUUGAAAUAUGUCUGCAUGAAAGUGGCCAUGGGCAUGUGUGGAAGACCUAUAUAAACCUUCCAGCUCACCAGAAGGGAGGGACUUCAGCAGGUAAGCAGUGAUUUUUACACUAAGAUGAUUUUCACACGGUUCCCUCUGUCAGAACCUGAGUACAGUUGUUCUGAAGGGUUUCCCACGUU